CGACACGAGACGCAGGAAGGGAUCCUGUGAAUAACUUAGGCUUAUUUGUAAAGUUGCCUCUUUAGUUUAGGCUUGGCGUCGAGAUGUCAGACAACAAGAUGGUAACAACGUGUUUGUUGUGGUUUCAUGUUUGAGGCAUAAUGUUUCAAAAUAAUUUAAUCUGUGUUUUCCUCUUCACCACCGUCCAGACUGCAGCAGUCUCUCCCAGGUCCUCUCUCCCCAAGCCUGUGGACCUCACAUUCACCUCCGUCAACCUCAGGAAUGAGCUCCGAUGGCGUCCAGGAGGGGAGCCCCCAGACCACACCCAUUACUCUGUGGAUUACGCCAUCUACGGUGACAAGGAGGAGGGCGGAGGGAAACGAUUGCGAUGGAGGGUGGCGGAGCUGUGUAGGGGUAUCGCCCGGACCUGGUGUGAUCUGACCAAUGAGACAAGUGACCUGGAGGAGGGCUACUUCGCCAGGGUCAAGGCAACGGCCACCAAUACCUCCUCUAACUGGACCAUCAUCAAGAGGAGGUUUGACCCCAAACAUGACACUGUGUUGGGUCCACCGCUGGUGUCAGUGAAGGUCCAGGACACCAAGGCCGAAGUCCGGCUGAGCGGUCCGAUGAGGUGGCCUGUCCAGAACCAGACCCCCCAAGUACCCAUGAGCCAGAUCUAUCCCCAGAUGACCUUUAACCUCUCUGUCUACCAUCAGGACAGAAACCAGAUGCGCCACUUCCUCCUCCUCCCUUCAGAGCCUGUUGAGUAUGAGUAUCCUCUGCUAGAGUAUGACACAGAAUACUGCUUCUCUGCCAAGGCUGACUUCUUAUCACUUCCUCUGGUGUGUCUGGCUUCAGAGUGGCACUGCAUACACACACACCCAGACCCUGUGGUUGGUCAGAUGCUGCGGGUGCUGCUGGGAGUUGUAGUCCCAUCCGUCUGCCUCUUCCUGCUGCUCUUGACUGGCUGGAUGCUAUACCGUUCUGUGCAGGGCAAGGAGCAUAAGAGUCCUCACACUCUGGAGAUGUCCCAUCUACAGACCCCCCCUCGUACCUUCAGCCCAGAGACAGUCAACAUCAUGAUCUUCCAUGUGCCUACUGAGAGCACCAUGGAAAUGCCAGUAGCCCCCAAGCCUGCCCCCCUCUUCCCCACCCUGCCCACCCCACCUGGCCAGAGCAACACACUGUCUCUGCCCUACUUUCCAGGCCAGUGGCCUCCACGCACACUGGCCCCAGAUGCAUUCUGGGAGGAUGAGGUUCCGGAGCACACAAAGGAAGAGGUGGACUAUGGCCUUGUAGGGUUUACCUCAGAGCAGGACCAGGGCCCGAGUCAAGGUCAAUACCGGAGUCAGGAUCAAGGCCAGAGCCGAGGCCAGGGCCAUGGUCAGGGUCAGGCACAGAGCCAGGGCCAGAGUCAGGGUCAGUACCGGAGUCAGGAUCAAGGCCAAGGCCAGGGUCAGAGUGUAGAGAAGCCAGGCGAGGAGAGUAUCAGCGCUGGGAUACACCUGGAGAAAGACCUCCACACGGGACUCUUCCAUAUCCCCCUGCCUGGCUCUCCACUGGGGCUGGAAAGAUGGAGGGAGAGAGAGGGGGAGAGUAAAACUCUUCUCCCCUAUGCCCCCCAGCUGGGCUCUAGGGUAUGGAGCUCAAAUGCUCAACAACGGCAGGGCAGCGUCUGGAGAUUGCCUCCUCAAAGCCAGGAGCGGGACGGGAACAGUAAAGGGGAGGAGUCACAACCCUUCCUGCAGGCCAGGGUCAACCUGUUACUGUCCCCAGCCCAGACACACAGUAGAGUCAAGGAGGAGGAAGUCACGGAGGAGGAAGGGUUGGAGCAGGAGGAAGAGGAGGAGGGAGGACACUGUGUUGACUGGAGCCCUGAGACUAGAAAGCUACAUAUCCCAUUCCUCCCUUUGACCUGGGACAAAGUGGAGGCGGAGAUAGGGACAGAGAACAGGAUGGAGGGAGGGAUGGAGAGAGGGAUAGACAGAUGGAUCGGUGGAGGGAUAGAGGCAGAGGGUGCUCUGGGACAGAUCGACCCAGGAGAGAUCCUCCCCAGUGUGAUGGUGCGCCAGGCAUCACAGGAGAGCGAGCCAGAGAGUGACAUCACCAAUCUCCAGAACACCUGGAGUCUCCAGAUCAAUAUGGACUAAAAGCGCGACAGGUCAAGCUACAUGGACCAAUAGAAAACCAGAUAACAUCUACAGUGCAUGGACAAAGAGGACAGCACAUAACCUCAAUAUCAGAAACAGGAAUAGGAAAAUAACAAACAAAAUGUCAUGAUGCCAGCUGACCUCAACAUUGAACAAUGUGAGAUUGGAUAACUUCUUUAGAUAAUAAUCAUGAGUUGAUUCAGUUGCCAAAAAAGAUGAAGGAAAUAUGUUUACUCUCUGUGAUAUUCAUGUUACUGUUUAAUUGUAUUUAUCUAAUCUAUCCAAGCCCUUUAACUGUUGCUGUCUAAUUACUUCUGUUAAAGUCUGCUGAUGGCUUGAAUUUAAAAUCGUAAUAUAAAACUCCAUCUUAUGAUAAUGUAUUAACAUAAUAUUGUAGUGUGAAGGAAAUGCUGAAGGUGCCUACCGCCACACACCUGAACACAGCCACUGUAAUGAAGGAACACACCGUAUGAGUAGUUAAAGAUGUAUUAUAUAAGAAUGUCGUUUUAUUAUGUUUUAUGAAGCACUAACACUACCCAUGGCACGAACAGUCUGAAUGCACAUAGGCAAGCUACGACCCUUUAUUGACAUAAUGAAACAAUUAAUGAACUAAUAAAAUAAAAAAAGAAACUGUUAAUUUGUUUAGAAAACAACUUUUAAACAACAUACAACAUGUUAAUGAAUGCUGAAUUAGAUUUCUAACUUGUUUAAAGAAACAUAAUGACAAUGAUUAUUGCCCCCCAAAUAGCCUUUCAUGAUUAUUAGAUGCUCUAGUUAAUUUGAAUUGACAGGCCAGUCUGCUGUGUCCUCUGGGUUGGAUGGUUUGUCAAGUCAAACAGAUUCAUGGCUGCUUCGGUAGGGGGAAUGUUUUUAACGGAAUCUCUUCCUUAUUUUAACUGUUAAUAAUUUAUUUCCAGGAAGCUUCACUGUUACUGUGUAUGCUUGUGUUUUUUUUAUUAUAUGGAAGUCAUGAUUUCCAUCCUUAAAUGGUUAAUAAAGGUUUAUUUGAAGUAAA